UAGUCCAUACAUAAUUACAUAUACUGGGCCAGAAACCUCCGUCGGCCCAAUUCACUUGCCGGUCAAACCCCGCCGUCAAAGACUUCUCAUUCAGCCGAGCACGGCGGCGACGGGCAGUAACCAGCUCAGUGGGUGGUGCUUUUCCGGCGGGAAUAUAGCGAAGAGAUGGAAAAUGAGAAGAAACUAGAGAGUUUCGUGCUGGUACAUAACAUAGCAAAGAGACACAACGUCGGAACCUUAGCUCGUAGCGCCACCGCGUUCGGCGUCUCGGAGAUGAUACUCGUCGGCCGUAGAGAUUUCAACGCUUUCGGUAGCCACGGCUCCACUUCUCACGUCCGUUUCCGCCACUUCCACUCCCUUGCCGAUGCUAAAACCUUCCUCAAGGAAAGAGAUUGUGAUAUAUGUGGAGUUGAAAUUACAGAAAACGCGGUUGCAGUAAAUGAGCAUCCUUUUAAGAGAAGUACUGCUUUCCUGCUGGGCAAUGAGGGUACUGGACUUUCUGCAAAAGAGUGUGAGAUAUGUGAUUUCUUUGUAUAUAUUCCACAAUAUGGGUGUGGUACUGCUUCAUUGAAUGUGACUGUUGCUGCUUCCAUUGUUCUGCAUCAAUUUGGAGUUUGGGCUGGAUUCUCUGAGAGAACACGUGAAGGGAACAAGUUCAUUGUGGCUGAAAGACCUUUUAAACAGGCAAAGAAAAAUUACUGCAUGGAAUCAUCUGAAUCUGUUGCUGAGGAGCGAAGACUGAAGAGGGAAAAUCUUUCAAAUGGGUUCUUUGAAGAUGCUGGAAAAGAGGAAUCACCUUCAAAUCUUUUAGAUACCUUGUUUGAUGACUAGUGCCAGGGAGAAGAGAAAACUACCGAUAUUAUGCUUCCUUUCAGCCUCAUCCUCAAAGUUGUGCUGAUUUACUUAGAUAGAAACAAAGCAAAUCAAACGGGGAUUUAAGUUAUUGAUGGAAUGAACUGUGGAAGAGUUGGAAUUAGGAACCCUAAGCAGUCGCGCUAACCAGCCACCACCAUGGAGUAGCAUUUUCACAUGAUCUUUGUAUUUGCAAGUUCAGUAAGGGAUUUCAUGUUUAGCAUGUUCAGUCUUCUGUUUGAGAUAUCAAACUGCUAAUACUACAUAAAACUAGAUCAGACAUGGCAUGUGCCAUUGUUUUGUCAAGGAUGAAUCAUGUUUGUUGUACCCUUGACCUCGGUUUUGUCAUUUCUUAAAUAUAAUAAUGUAAUUUCAGACUA